CGAAGAGAGGAGGGGGAGGUACAAACUCGGCAGCACCCACUGCUGAUGUCAGACUCAUGUCUACCCUACUCAUCACCAUCAACAUCUUCAUGGCUUUUCUACAGAGACCUAACUGAUGAUGGAUCUAUUCGGCAGAGGAGAGCUGGGGUUGCUGGGAGGAGGAGAGGGGCUGAGAGAUGAUGUAGGCGUACCCGGGAUCAGCUGGUCAGCCAAUCAGCUGCCAGAGGACAUGUACCCAGCUUCAGGAUUGGCACUAGCCGCUGCCUAUCAUGACAUUAAGACCCGGCUGGCCAGUCUGGAGAGGGAGAACAGCAGCAUAAAGAGGAAACUAAAACACUACGAGGUCAAGUUUCCCAUGAUCAGUGAAUUUGGAGAGGAGAGGAUAGUGUGUUGUUCCUGUGAGCCUAUCAUCAAGGACACCAGUGGAAUCCAAUCAGAGACCACCAAUCUACAACAGAGGAUCAACUCUCUCACUCAGGAGCUUCAGAAGACUAAGGAAAGAGAGGAGAGGUUGGAGGAAGUCAUCCAGGCUUAUGAGAAGAUUCACAUGGAGAAAAGCAAUGUCCAGAGAGACCUUGACAAGAUGACGACUCUAGCAGAGCAGCAUGUGGAGAGGAUCUGCAGUUUGGAGUCUGCCCUCAGACAGAGAGAAACGUCCCUUCAGAAACUCAGUGCUGAACUCCACAGCAAAGACACACAUCAGUCACAACUCGAAGCUAGUCUGGAUGUACCCAGAGAGGGUUGUGGGCCGACACUACAGUGCUCCCACAGUCUGGAUGCCCUGUCAGACCUGAAGCUGCAGCGUCUGGAGGCUGAGCUGGAGGGGGCACGGCACCAUGUCGAGGGAGCCUGUCAAAGGGAGAAGGAGCUAAGGGCUGAGCUUCAGAGGUUGCAGCAGAAGGUAGCCCAGCUACAGGAUGCACAAAGACAGUCACAGGAGUUGGCCCCACACUGUGAGCACUGUGACAUGGAAUGGAUAAAGAAAGCUGGGGAUGAACAGGUGAACCUAGCCUUAGCCUACACUGAGCUAACAGAGGAGUUGGGUCAGGUUCGCAGUCUGGCUGCAAAACAGAGUGACCUUCUACGACACAUCUCACAGGAGCCUGGUAGGUUAGUUUCUCGUCCUACCACAGCUCCUCAUCGUCUCUCCACCACCUCCCCCAAAUGCCCCUCAUUCUCUCCUGAUAAGUUUCUCCCCACCCCCUCUCCUUCUCUGUCCCUAUGCGACGGCUCCAACUGUCAUCAACCAACCAGCAGCCGUCUACGAGCAAAGUUCCAGGGUCGCCGUAGUUACUCUGAGGUGUCUGACCCAUCAGCCAUCCAGAGGCCCCCAACACGCCUGAUGAGGGACCCAGUAGCCACCCUCCCCAAGCCAAGGCCAAUUCUGGGCGAGACGCAGAUUUACGGCCAAAGCAAACCUCAGCUCCGUACCUCCUUGUUGGGCCUGGUCAGACCGGCCUCAGCUCAUGGAGCUGGAGCGGAGAGAGGGGGAGGAGAGAGGGGUACUGGCAGCAGUCUGAGCAGCAACCCUCAUAUCUGUACUCUGGACCUGGGCUUUCCUAUGGCUGCUGAGGUGCAUCACUUCUGUCACCUUGACAUUCCACCUGAGCCCACCCCACUGGUGACACCACCGCAGUCCUCGGAUGAUGAAGAGGAUGUAUGUACAUAUCUAUCGCCGGUUGCCAGCCCACCUCGGACUCUGGGCGCAAUUGGGAUUGGCUCAUCGCCUAGAGAACAGCCCCUCCACCCCUUGUUCCAAUCUCCAAGGAAACAGCCCCACCAUCCCUCCUUCUCGGCACCCGAGGGCCCUGCCACCCUCUCCUGCCAUCUGCCUCCCUACAUGAACACAGAGCAUGCUCAGUCAUGGCCCUCCAUUAACUUAUGGAUGGAGUCAGAGGAGAGUGUUGCUCGCAGCUGUCCUUUGUGUCAGCUGACUUUCCCAACUGGUUAUCCUGAUGACGCCCUCAUUAAACACAUCGACUCCCACCUGGAGAACAGCAAGAUCUGACUUUUUUUUUUUUUUUUAAAUCAAGCAUUUCACAACCAUUUUCAGUGGAACUGGCUGCCCGACCCAUCUUGAUUGAUUUCUGUUUAGUUUUAAUCUAGAAAUGGUUUAAUGAGCCGGCAUGCUAUGAAACUCACCCAGCCUUCCAGUUACAGAGAAAGUCUGUUUUCCUACCUUCCAGGCUCAAGUGUUAUUACAUACAUUUAAUUUCCAAGUUGUAAAUCUUUUCAUCUUUGUUCACUAAGGGCAUGCAUUGCCUAAUAUCUCUCACAAAGCACCAAACUCUUCAUUUGUACAUAGACCUGAGUGCUGAACAAAAGAAAGACAAAAAAAAAGACAAAAGUGCU